AUGUCUCAAGUUGGCGCAGUGCCGCAAUCAUGCUCGAUUCUGCCCGAGAAACCACCGGCAGAGAAAGCCCAUGUCUGCUCGCAUCCGGGCUGUAACAAGCGCUUCACACGUGCAGAGCAUCUUCGCCGGCAUGCGCUGAACCACAAGAACGAGGACAACACCUGCGAAAGGUGUGGUGUCCAUUUCAACAGACCUGACUUGCUAGCCUCAUCCAUUCAAGUCACUGAGGCUGUAAAUUCCUCCUCCACGUCGUCGUCCGCUUCUAUCCGGAGUUUUAAUGACAAGGCUGCUACCCCCCCGGGCAGCCACAAUCAAGAUAGCAGUUCAAAUCUAACCUCGCCGCCUUCGAUUGGAGAACUGAACUAUCAUGGCCAGGACCAUGGCGCUGGCUCUGUAGCUCCCAUCUCCCCGCCAACAUCCGUGCAUCCCUCAUGCUCGAGUGUCAAUUUGGACAGUGGCGCGCUGGAUAAUUGCCAGCCGGUUCAUCACCCUGAUCCUCUCAUAGCCCCAAUGGUGCCUGGGGGUCCUUACGAGCCGUACGCAGAGCCAAUCCCGGGCCAGUUCGAUGCUGCAGACGGUUCAUGGAGGAGCCAGGAUUUAGGACCUGGUAUGGACUAUGAGGAAUUUUUUGAUUUGGAUACUGCAACCUCUUUUAACAUGCCAUUUGCCGCUACACAUAAUUACAACUGGCUCUUCGAUGUGACAUCAUUGGAUGACGCCUUUAACCAUAGUGACGUGUCGCUGGCUAUGGACAUGGUCAGCUUUGCAGAACCGGUGCCUGAUAUGUGGUCACAGACUCAACAGCGUGAUAACGAAUUUUUCAGCCAACCCAUUUCCUCGGCAUCAGAAUCAGCAAGGAACCCUAGCAGUAUCUCAUCAGAUCCACCCAUUCAACCUUCCGGAGACGCUUCUUCUAGUGUGGAAUUUCCUGUUGAUAGGAGCCAGACCUCCCCGUCGUCGCCUGUCCAGAUCUCCACGGCGACUCUUGAUGAUUCCAACCAGCUCACACUGUCUACCUUUUCCAACAUGGACUGGAUCGGCCAAACACCUUCUACAAAGGUUGUACUAAGGAAAUUACCUCAAAUAAGCGAGGCUGCAAGAACGAGGUUAUUGCGGCUUGUCUCCCAAUUACAACCUAUGACUGUAGAAGGAAACCGAAUUGAGCUCUCGUCCCCUCUUCUCUCCAUCAACGCUCUUCAAACGUACUGUGACCUCUUCUUCACAAAAUUUAAUGUCUCGUAUCCACUAAUCCAUCAACCAACAUUUGAUCCAGACCGAAUCGAUACAUUGCUACUUGCUGCCAUGGUAUCAAUGGGCGCCUCAUACAGCACUAUGGAAGCCCACCAGUUGGCCGUCGGAAUGCAUGACUCGCUACGCAAUCAACUCUUUUCCCAUCAAUCAUUCUCCCCACAGCCUGACCUUUGGGUCCUCCAGGCAAUGAUGUUGAUCGAUUGCUUUGGGAAACAACGAGCCGGCCUAAAACAGCGUGAGAUGUCUCAGCUAUUCCACUGUGUCCUCAUCAAACUUAUUCGGCGAAGCAAUUGUCAGCUCAUUCGGACCUCUCCCGUAGCGGAACGGCCGGAUAAUCUUGAUUCAGCAUGGAGGCAGGCAAUGGACCUAGAACAGAGGAAGCGGCUCGCCAUGCUUUGCUUCAUGUGGGACACUCAGCAUGCGGUGCUCUUCUCACAAUCUCUUUGCAUGUCAGCAUUUGAAAUCAGGACCUCCUUGCCAUGUGACGAGGCUACGUGGGAGGCAAGGACUGCCGAAGAAUGGUUCGAGUGCUCACACGCAGAGAAACCGCAUAGUGCCUUCCUACUCGUUCUGAAAGCAUACAUAACCCCCAACACCACCAACCGUCCACGAUACCUCAAUGCUCUGUCAAGGAUCUUCCUCUUACACGGCCUGAUGUCCAUAUCUUCCGACCUCAAACGCCGAGACCAAACCACCCUACGAUCAGAAACACCAAACCUAGUAGGCGCCUGGAAGGCCCGCAUCGGCCGCUCCUACGACUUGUGGAAAAACGACUUCGACGCAGAUUGCAUGGACAUGAAAUUAAACCAGACGUCCGAUCCGCGAAAAUUCGUCGGCCUCAAAACAGCAACCAACGUCAUGUACCACGCUGCGCACAUCACACUGAAUGUCGAAGUGCUCGAUUUACAGAUAUAUGCGGGUGCACCACAUAUUCUCGGACGGUUGGUAACGGCCAGUGACUUUGAUCGGUCCCAACGGGUCGUCACGCGCUGGCUGAACGAGGACCCGCACUCAGCAGCCAAGGCGACCAGGCAUGCCUCGUACAUCCUGCAGGAUGCAAUCAUGAAUCUUAACGACUGGGACGAGACGGAUGUCUUCCAUUACCCCUGGUGCCUGUAUCUGGCGACUCUGACGUGCUGGGCCUUCCAUCUCCCGACGUCAUCAAGCUCCCCUUGCUCUUCCUCGACAGCGUUGGUCAGACGGACGGAGAUAAGCAAUGAUAAUAACAGCGAGCAACAGGGGCAACAACAGCAACUACAGCAUCCGAGUCCCGCGCCGCGCAUACCUGGCUCUAUCUCCCUAAACCCCCGCAAUGAAGUGGCCACCCUAGUAAUCGCCAUGACGACCUGUAACACGUUGGAGGAUCUCUCCUCGCUGGCGGGCAAGUUCGACACGACGGGAUUGACGUGCAUUAUGAGCCAGCAGCUGGCCAGUGUACGCUGGGCGGUGGUGCAUGAUGCAAUGAAGGUUUUGGUGACUUUAUCGAGCAGGUAGGGUGGCUGGAAGAUUGAAUUCUGGAGUUGCUAGUUGUCUUUUUCUGGACUUUUUCUUUUCUUUCAUUUGUUCUAUUGCGCUGUAUCCUCGAGAAAAAAAAUGGCUUCGUUCAUUAUACUAUAGGGCGGGGAUCAGUCGGGGAUGGCGGGGUGUUUUUGCAUUGAUAUAUCCUCUGAAAGUUUUUUUUCCUCUUUCCUUCUUUUUCUUUCUUGGUUGUGUUUGUAGAGGUUUUGCACUUUUCUUUUCCCUAUCAUUAUUGGAUAUACGACCGGGUUUCUGGGGCGAAACAUAUAAUUCUGCAAUGACGAAAUUUUUGUCGCUGGCUUCUUUGUAUUUUAACAACAGCUGGCAUCUGAGCGUGGUAUGGCGGCGCGGUAUUUAUUAUUUGUUGUUUAUUACCUACCAUCCAUGGCAUAAAAUAGACAUAUUUCGUGU